AUGGCCUUGAACGGAAACAAGGAUUUCAUCAUCAAGCACAUGAACGCGGACCACCAGGAUUCGCUAGUGCUCUACCUCCAGGCAUACUGCCACGUUUCCGCCGGCGAUGCCAAAUCCGCUCGAUUGGAGGAUAUCAGUCUUUCAGACCUAGUCAUCUCAGCCGGUGGUGUCCGCUACAGUGUCCCCUUUGACCCGCCGAUGAAGAACUUCUCCGACACUCGUUCACGCGUGGUGGCCAUGUACAAGGAUUCCCUGCAGCGCCUGGGGCUGUCAGAGAUCGGCAUCAAGGAGUAUCGAGCACCCCAGGGCUUCCAAAUUGUCAUCUUCGUGACUUGUCUUGCUACGUAUAUUGGAUUCGUCCGGCGCAGCAACUUCCUACCCGGAUCGAUAAUUUACGAGUUGUUGGGGCUUGAGAAGGUCCCCGCGUUUACGCAGUUUUGCUACGAUAUUCAGCCGUUGUUGUUCCCCGCCAUGGUUGGGAUUCAUGUGUUGGAGUCGGCAUUGUUGGCGUUUUUGCGACUGCGACCUCAUAGAGUGCCUCUGUUCUCGGGGUUGUGGUUCGCAUGGAUGGCAUCGACGUUUAUUGAGGGCUUCGGGGCAUUUCAACGGAUCAAGGGGAUGGUCAAGGAGGAGGAGACGAAGCGUGAGAAUCGCAAGUGA